CCGGAGGAAAGGGGGCUCGGCGCCGGAGAGUGAGGCCGGGGUCCGUCCGCUAGAAUAGGAGCGGCGGGUCCUGGCCAGGGGCCCCGGCGGCCCGAGGAGGGGCGGGCUGCACCGGGACGGCGCUCACCACGCGUGUCCGCGGCCCCCGCCGGCGCGCAGGGCGGCCUGGCCCUUUAAGCGUCCAGACGGCGGCCCCAGCUGACGCGCGGGCUCCAAUCGGCGCCCCGCGCCCCCCGCCCGCCGCGCCCGAGGCUCUGGGGCCGCAGCUGCUCGGCGGCUGGACUCGCCGCGGCCCUGCGCCUCAGCCCGCCCGGCCGCGCCCCCGGGGGCCAUGGUCGCGGGGCCCUGCGCGGGGGCGGCCCCCAGCGCGGCUCUUCAUGGAGCGGCCCCGGCCUGGCCGCCGGGGGCAGCGCGAUCCCGCGGGGCCCUGUGAGCCCCCAGCGCCACGGCACCAUGUUGCUGGUUGAGAAGACGACGGACUCACCGGCGGCCGAGUUCUCGCUGGUGGAGGACGUGGCGCUGCACUUCGCCUGCUUGAUGGGCCGCCUGAACGAGCAGCGCCUCUUCCAGCCUGACCUGUGCGACGUGGACCUGGUGCUGGUGCCCCAGCGCAGCGUCUUCCCGGCCCACAAGGGCGUGCUGGCCGCCUACAGCCAGUUCUUCCACUCACUCUUCACCCAGAACAAGCAGCUGCAGCGCGUGGAGCUGUCCCUGGAGGCGCUGGCACCCGGCGGCCUGCAGCAGAUCCUCAACUUCAUCUACACGUCCAAGCUGCUGGUCAACGCAGCCAACGUCCACGAGGUGCUCAGCGCCGCCUUGCUGCUGCAGAUGGCCGACAUCGCCGCAUCCUGCCAGGAGCUGCUGGACGCCCGCUCCCUCGGCCCCCCGGGCCCCGGCGCCGUGGCCCUUGCCCAGCCGGCCGCCAGCUGCACCCCGGCCGCACCGCCCUACUACUGUGACAUCAAGCAGGAGGCCGACGCCCCGGGCCUGCCCAAGAUCUACGCCCGUGAGGGCCCUGACCCCUACUCGGUGCGCGUUGAGGACGGGGCUGGGGCCACAGGUGGCACGGUGCCUGCCACCAUCGGGCCGCCUCAGCCCUUCUUCAAGGAGGAGAAGGAGGGUGGCGUCGAGGAGGCCGGCCGGCCCCCGGCGAGCUUGUGCAAGCUGGAGGGCGGGGAGGAGCUGGAGGAGGAGCUUGGGGGUUCUGGCACCUACAGUCACCGGGAGCAGUCCCAGAUCAUCGUGGAGGUGAACCUCAACAACCAGACGCUGCACGUGUCCACAGGGCCCGAGGGGAAGCCGGGCGCCGCCACAGGCCCGGCCACCAUGGUGCUGGGCGGGGAGGACGGGCUGCAGAGACACUCGGAGGAUGAGGAGGCCGAUGAGGAGGAGGAGGAGGAAGAGGAGGAGGAAGAGGAGGGCGGUGGCAGUGGAGGGGGGGAGGAGGAGGAGGAGGAGGAGGAGGAGGAGGAGGGGGGCGGCAGUCAGGGGGAGGAGGACGAGGAGGAGGAGGGGGAGGAGCACAGCGAGCAGGAGGAGGAGGAGGAGGGGGAGGGGCACAGCGAGCAGGGUCAGGAGAGCUCGGAGGAGGAGGAGGAGGAUGGGGAGGAGGGGGAGGAGGAUGGGGAGGCGGGGGGCAGGCAGGGGCCGGGGUGCCGCGGUAGCGGGGCAGACGCCCCUCCCCACAGUCGCAUGGCAACGCGGUCUGCCCGGCGCCGGGGCCUCCCUGAGCCUGAGGAGGCUGGGCGGCAAGGUGGGAAGCGGCCAAAGCCACCUGCAGGAGGGUCUCCUGCCCCAGCCCGAGGGCCACAGGCCGCUGACGGUCUGGGGGCCAAGGUGAAGCUGGAGGAGAAGCAGCACCAUCCGUGCCAGAAGUGCCCGCGUGUUUUCAACAACCGCUGGUACCUGGAGAAGCAUAUGAACGUGACCCACAGCCGCAUGCAGAUCUGCGACCAGUGCGGCAAGCGCUUCCUGCUAGAGAGUGAGCUGCUGCUACACCGGCAGACAGACUGCGAGCGCAACAUCCAGUGUGUGACGUGUGGCAAAGCUUUUAAGAAGCUCUGGUCCCUCCACGAGCACAAUAAGAUUGUGCACGGCUACGCAGAAAAGAAGUUCUCCUGUGAGAUUUGUGAGAAGAAGUUCUACACCAUGGCUCACGUGCGCAAGCACAUGGUCGCCCACACCAAGGACAUGCCCUUCACCUGCGAGACCUGUGGGAAGUCCUUCAAACGCAGCAUGUCUCUCAAGGUGCACUCACUGCAGCACUCCGGGGAGAAGCCGUUCAGAUGCGAGAACUGCAACGAGCGUUUCCAGUACAAGUACCAGCUGCGGUCGCACAUGAGCAUCCACAUCGGCCACAAGCAAUUCAUGUGCCAGUGGUGCGGCAAGGACUUCAACAUGAAGCAGUACUUCGAUGAGCACAUGAAGACCCACACAGGGGAGAAGCCGUACAUCUGCGAGAUCUGCGGCAAGAGCUUCACCAGCCGGCCCAACAUGAAGCGGCACCGGCGCACGCACACCGGCGAGAAGCCCUACCCCUGUGACGUGUGCGGCCAGCGCUUCCGCUUCUCCAACAUGCUCAAGGCGCACAAGGAGAAGUGCUUCCGCGUCAGCCACCCCCUGGCCGGCGACAGCGCCCCCGCAGCCCCGGGCCUGCCCCCCGCCCCGCCCCAAGCCCUCCCCCUGCUGCCCGGGCUGCCCCAGACCCUGCCUCCCCCGCCGCCGCUCUUCCCCACCGCUGCCAGCCCCGGCGGGAGGCUGAACACCAACAACUAACCGCCUGCCUGCUGCACGGGCCCAGGACCCUCCACUUGUCCUCGUGGGGCGGGGCGGGGGGGAGCAACACCUCCAGAGUUGGCUGGACACGCUCUGCCCGGGGCCUCUGACCCUGGGGGCUGUGCAGGCUGGCAGCCCCCGGAGCUGGCGGAGGACACCUCACUCCCAAGUGCCCCCUUUCAGCGGCUCCUUGAAGCCUUUACUUUUUGUCUGUUUGUUUUUUUGAAGUGAAGGAAAACGAAAAGAGAGGAAACUCUUGACGGCACCCCCCUCCAGGUGAGGGGGGCGCUGGAGGCAGCAGGUACGGGUGUAGAGGGACCUGGGGAGCAGGUGUGACUGGUUGCUCCGCUGAGGCCUCAGCCAGAGGGGGGCGGCCAGGUCCAGCCCAGGUCACCUUCAGCUGCUCAUCCCCGCCCGUCCUGGGCCCCUUCGCUCGCCCCUCAUCCCGGAGGGUUUGGGGAAAAGUUGGGGUGCCGUCCCCCUUUGGAGGACUUGUGGGCCCACCGUGAGGGCUGCGGAUGCUGAGGCGGGGACUUGGGCCCGGACGCCGGGGGUUGUGUGGGGUGGGCGUGCGUGGCGAGGUGCGACGACCACAGCUGUGCACCGUGGGGAGGUGGGGCGGGCGGGGGCUGGACCCCAGGCAUUUGCUUUCCCCACGGCAUCCCCGACCUGCCCCCGGCUGCACCGAGGGCCCUGGGGAAGGUGUCCCCAAGAGCUGCCGGGCCUCAGGGUGUGGUGGGCCAGGCCCUGGGUGGACAGACGGGCUGGCUCCCACAGGCACUGCAGCCCAGGAGCCCCUGCACAUGGGUGGACCCCAGGGACCAGGGCCCUAAGGAGCAGGCCCGGGCAGAUGUUCUGAGGUUUCAAGGUGCUAUCAGUGGGGCAGGGGGCAGGGCAGCUGUUCACGGAGCAGCCCAUCCCUCAGCAGCUGCCCCAGCCGAAUCUCCCACGCUACAGACGUCUGUGUCUGUGUCUGUCUCUGCUCCUGGAAGGCAGCACAGGCCUCAGCCACUCCCUGGGCCUGGCCACAGCCUGCCCCUGGCUGGUGUCCAGCGGCCUCGUCCCUCCUGCGCCUCUGUGCUCACGGGUGGAGAGCGAGGAGCCUGCACAAUCAGGCCCUGGGGGUCGGGGUCGGGGGUACCGGGAGAGCCCCACCCAGCCUGUGCCCAACGCUUGCCCUCACGAGGCCAGCACUAAUAGGACAUCCUUUUUUGUUGUCAUUUAACGUCUCCAUUCCUGCCUUUGAAAUGGGGAGGAAGGUUCCAUAAGCUACCUGUUUCCUAGUUAAGCUCUUUCCUAUUGUGUUUAUACAGUUUUGUCUGUUAUACUCUUUGCACCUUAAACCCCUCGACUGCCCCCGCAUCACCACCUUCCCAGCAUGGCUGGAGUGGGAAGAGGCCUGAGCCCAGGGGGCGGGUUGGGGGGGGACUGGCCCCAUCAGCCCAAGGGCUGAGGGGGUCAGGACCCCUCUGACUUCCUUGUAAGGCCCAUGGCACUGGGGCAGGGGGCUGGGGACAUUUUAAUCAUCAAUAAACGAAGCACUUUAUUAUGUACAGAUGUGGGCAAGCCCAAGGAGCCCGAGUGAUUUGAGGAUCUAGAAUCCAAGCCACACAGCCCAGAUGGUUCUCCGGGCUUCGAGGGGGCAGUGCCCUGGUCCGGUUGAGUUUCGGGCUGUAGCAGGAACAGUGCCAGCCAGAGUCUAUGUACGCACCCUCUGACGCCCCUGCUGUCCUCUGGGGAGAAAAAGUGGUCCCCUCCGCGAGAGGGGAAAGCUCCCUGUCUGGCUCCCAGUACUGAGGCUCCUCCCACGCCAAGGCUGGGAAUUCCAGCCUCUUAUGGGGUCAGCGCCGGGUCUCUCAGGCUCCUGCUUUACUGUAGCUCUUUUCCUCUCCUGCACCCUGUGAUCUCUGGGCUUCCAUGACGUCCUCAGGGUCCUCCUCUCCCUGCUUCCCCCUUCCCUUUGCUAUUUCUAACCUCUGGUCCCAGUGCCUGACAGCUUCAGAGCUGGCCCACAUUUUCCUAAGAAAAGUCUGAUCUCCCCGAAUGGGCUGUAGGCUGGGACUCCGAUGAGUUUUCCACCCCCUGUUGCUGACGCUGGGCUCUCCCAUAGGGGCUGGUGGCCCUGUCACCUGCUACCCUCCCUGCAGCCUUAGUGAGCCUAGGGGACCCUGGUCAGGCUGGGCCUCUGGUCCAUGAGGCCAGACUUUGACAAGCAGAGGCUGGAGAUGGGUGUGGGGAGCUGGUAGCAAGACCCUGUCCCAGGACUUGGGUCUCCUGUUCUUAUACACUUCCCCUCUCAGGACACAAGAGGGGUCCAGACAGCAGGCUGGGCACUGGUCAGAUGGUCAUUGUAGCUGUAGGUGGGCACGGCCAACCCCUCUCCUGGGAGACCCCUACCCCAGCGGGGACAGGAACCCUGUGUCCCUGGUGCUAAUGCUCUCUUCCCCUUGGGCCAGUGUUGGUGGGAGCUCCUUUCUGGCCAGACCACAAGGGUCUGAAGCAAUAAUGGUACCUCAGCAGUGCCAGUACGGAUAGGGGUUCUCGUUUUACCAGCUUUUACAUUUCCUUUUUAAUUGUUAAAACAAAUUAACAAGCACCUGGGUAUUGGAGUGAGGGGACUGGGCAUCAUACCCGCUUCCCAGGGCUGGUGGAGGGGAGGGGGCUUGGGAUCAUCACCUCCCACUGGAGAUCUGCCAGGGCGUCCCUCUGUCCAGUUGGACUUCUCAGCCCAUUUGGCCAAGACCUCAAGCCCAGAACCUGGGCCUGCCCUCUCCCCGGCUCCCCUUGUACUCCCCGGUCUUGGGCCAGCUGGAGGUGAGUGGCCAGAGAGAUGAGGUGGGCCUCAAGCCCUAGGAACCCAGGCCGGGAGCAGAACCUGAGCCUCCGAUCCUGAUGCGUUCCACCACGGCCAACACAGCACCCCUCGGGGGGCUCGGUGGCAGAACAGCUGUGCCCAGGCAUGUGGACCCUUGAUGUCUGGCCCCAUGUGGCCACCCCACAGCCCCAGAGUGUGCGGGCGACAGCAGGAGGGUGAGGAGAAGAGUGAAGGGGAAUAAAGGCAGUACAACUGUC